AUGGCGCAAUCUGUUGUACUCGUCGUGUUCACUCCCCUCAGCAUCUCGUGGGACAUGGUAGGUCUGUAUUUCUAUUUUGUGCACGCGCUCACCGUCAAGCUCAGCGUCCUGGCGCUCUGCCGCCGCAUCUUCGGCGUCAACAAGACCUACAGGAUCUGGAUGGACGUUCUGGCGAUCGCCCAGACUGUACUGUUCAUCAUAUUUUGCGUUUUCUAA